CGUGGCCGUCUCGCCGUCGCCCCGCCGCUCCGGUCAGCCCCUCCACGCAGUUACACGCGCGCCGCCCGCCCGGCUCGGCAGCCGCCAGCGGCACGCGCCCCGCGCGGCCAGGGCCAGCCGACCACGCCACGGCACCAGCGCGGCAGCGCGCCCCGGCGCCCCGAUCCCUCCAGUAGCAGGCAAGCUUCCGGGCUCCAGUCCACCGGCCACACGCCAGCGACGCCGCCCGGUCGUCCGAGUCUCGAAGGCACAAUCAACAAAAAAAUUACUUGAAGGAGUUCUACUGUACAGUGAGCAUUCGUCGACGAUAUGGUUCAUUUCAAGAACAGGUACAUGGUGAUGGAGGUGUUCAUCGAUACACCAGUCAAGGGCCAGCCCGACCCUCUCAUUCUCACGCAGAUCAAUAUCACCAAAGCUAUCAAAGACAGCAUCCAGCUCAACUUUGGGGAGUGUGGCCUAGCAGCUUGUCUUGGGUCGUUGCAAGUGAAGUAUGUAAAUCCGAUAACGAAGCUUUGCGUGAUCCGAGUUUCCCGUGAAGAUCACCAGAAAGUGUGGGCUGCUAUCACCAUGGUGAGGAACAUUGGGAAAAUCCCAGUUUCAUUCAACCUGCGGGAUAUGAGUGGAAGUAUCAGGGCCUGCAAGAAGGCUGCGUUGGAGUGUGAAGAAGCUAAGUUCGAGUAUUACAAACUGGCUGCUGGUGAUCGUAUCACGCCCAAGUUUGUGGAGACCAUGGAGAGCUGCUUUGCCAAGAUUAAAGGAUUAGAGAGCUAAUGCAUCCUCGUGUAUCAUACAUUUGUUUCCUGACACUUUAGUGGAUUAUUAAUCUGUAGGGAAUCAAGUAAACAAAAAUUUUGUUUGUCUGAUCAACUAAUCACUGAGCCUAUUUUUUCGAAUGUGCAAGAAUGACGCAUAUCGAUUAAGAGAAAUUUUGUUUGUCUUGAA